UUCUAAACAACUAACGGAACCGGGGCCGUGCCGGUGCGACCGGUCGCCAGAAAGUUGUUUUGUCAGAACAAGUUUUGCCCGCUGUGUUCUGAUUGGAAAUGAGAGUUUGAGGAGAAGGAGAAGAAGAAGAAGAAGAGCAGUCCUCCACCGGGAGACCAAACUUUAUUUCACCGUGCGUCAUGAUUUCCAAACAGAGGCCGCCAAGUGACGGGGGAAACUUUCGGACCGUUACCGUAAAUGAAACAAACGGGAGUUUAAUGGAGACGGAAUAACGCCUGAAAUGAAGACAUGAAUUUCGGUGUCCCCGCUGAUUCACUGCUGCUUUUUCGUGCCUGUGACGAGGGCGACUAUGAGACGGCCCGGGGGAUCCUGGAGCCCGGAGCCCCGAAAGAGUCCGGGCGGCAGAGCAGGCUGCGGUCAGAAGCGGGGUCGGAGUGCAGCGCCGCGGACAUGUUGUCUCUGGUCCCGGUGGACUGUACGGACGAGGAGGGGAACACCGCCCUGCAGUUCGCCUCGGCCAGCGGACACGAGAACCUGGUCCGGUUUUUGCUACGAAAGGGAGCCUCGGUGGACAGCCGCAACAACUACGGCUGGACCCCGCUGAUGCAGGCAGCUAGGUUUGGUCACCUGGCUGUUGCCCACAUCCUGCUGGAGAACGGGGCAGAGAUUAAUGGACGGAACAGGCUGGGUGCGAGUGUCCUGACAAUGGCGGCCCGUGGGGGUCACACUCACGUAGUCAAACUGCUCCUGGAGAGUGGGGCCUUCGUCGAUGACUAUGAUCAUCUGGCUGUCGCUGCAGAGGCGGUCUCCAAUGGCAACAACAACAACAGCUGCAGCACAGCUGGUUUCGGAGGUGGUGAGGGUUGUCCAGAGGGAGGAGGCGGCAGAGAAUUCAUGGACAUCACUGCCCUGAUGGUGGCAUCUCAGCAUGGCCACGAGGCCACGGUGCGCCUGCUGCUGGAGUGGGGCUCCGAUGUCAACUUUUCCCAGAAGACCACCGGCUGGGGACCACUGAUGGUCGCCACCCUCAGUGGGAAGGUGGUUGUGGCUCAGCAGCUGGUGGAACGUGGAGCUGACCCAGACCGAGUCAAUGUUCUGUCCAAGACAGCCUUUGAACUGGCCAUGCAGCUGAAACAGAGAGACAUCAAGGCCUAUCUGGACUCCAUCACCACUGUCCGACCCCAGACAGACGAUGAGAGAAGAAGACCAGAUGUGUUCAGUGCCCUUAAGCUGGGAAAUUCCCAGCUGGUUAAAGAGAUCUUGGAGGAGGAUCCCACUCAGGUGAAUUCAUCCAACCAGGAGGGAGCGUCACCUCUGAUGAUAGCAGCGGUGAGCGGCCAGUUAGAAGUGGUGCAGCUGAUGGUGGAGAAGAAUGCCGACAUAGACAAACAAGAUGGUGUCCAUGGGUGGACUGCGCUGAUGCAGGCCACCUAUCACGGUAACAAAGACAUUGUCAAGUAUCUGCUGAGUCAAGGAGCUGACGUCAACCUUCGAGCAAAGAACGGAUACACGGCCUUUGACUUGGUUAUGCUGCUGAAUGACCCAGACACUGAGCUGGUGCGUCUGUUAGCAUCAGUGUGUAUGCAGGUAGAUAAGGAGAAGUCGAAACACCGCGGCAGAGCCUUAAUGACUCGAUCCAGAAGUCGACAGUCCCUCAACAACGUCCCUGUCCCACCUGAUGACAAGGGAGGUCUCAAGUCCUGGUGGAGUAGGAUGUCAAACCGCUUCCGACGACUUAAGCUGACUCACACCCUGAGGCACGGCCUGUCGUCCAAUCGCCUGGCUCCGUUCCCUGAUGAUGCUGAAACGUCACUGGAUGCCACGAUGAAGGCGAACAGAAAGCCUGGAGCUGUGUCCAAUGGGCCGCUGGCUCCGGCUCCUGCACUGGGAGGGAGUGACGUUAGCACUGCCUGGGCUGUCAAGAGCAAAGAGACUGGUCUUUGCAGGGCAUCCUCUGAAAAGGAGGAUUUCCUCAUAACUACAAUGCUGAGAAGCGGUGCGCCCUUGACCCGGCUGCCCAAUGACAAGCUGAAAGCUGUGAUCCCUCCCUUCCUGCCUCCGUCCAACUUUGAGCCGUGGAACUCGGACCGUUCGCGCCUCCUCAGGGAGGGAAAGAGCGAAGCGCCUCGCCUGCCCAUGCCACCGCAGAGGAAGCUGAACAGCAGUGGAAACUCAGAUAUUACGUCUAUCAGUCGUGUGGUCAGCAGGUCCAUUAAGUUUCCCAGCAUCCCCAAGGGACCUUCCUCCUCCUCUCCUUCCAACUCUGGUCACUACCACUCCCCCCACUCCUCCGGUGGCUCCAAUGGAGUGGCAGGGCUUAACCGGGACUCUCACAACCGUUCAGGGGGCAGUGCAGACAGUGUUCUCUCCCAGAUAGCAGCCCAAAGGAAGAGAGCAGCAGGCCUGAUAGAUGUGAAGGUCCAAGCUCCAGAGAAGCAGCACAGCCCGACACAGAACCAGCCCCCACUGCCAGCCUCAGCUCCUGGCCUACAGCUGCCUGACAUCAGCCUCCCUGACAUCCACUCCCACCCGAGCCUGGUUGCCUCCGACAUCCACUCGAGAAGGAAGAUGGAGUUGAAGAAGAGACCUCAGUCAGGGAAUUCCUCCACCUCCAAGAGCACGUCACCCACUCUGACCCCGUCUCCUUCCCCAACACCCAAGCCUCCUACAGGGCCAGGAGACUCUCUGUCCUCAGCCUCUUCCCAUCCCCGCUCCAAGAGCAGUGGAGGCUCCAGCAGUGGGACCAUCACUGAUGAAGAUGAACUGUCCAGUAUCUUGAAGAAACUGUCCCUGGAGAAAUACCAGCCCAUCUUUGAGGAGCAGGAGGUGGACAUGGAGGCAUUCCUGACUCUAACAGAUGGAGACCUGAAGGAGCUGGGCAUUAAAACAGACGGACCCCGACAACAGAUCUUGGCUGCCAUAUCAGAGCUCAAUGCUGGAAAGGGCAGAGAAAGGCAGAUUCUUCAAGAGACCAUCCAUAACUUCCAGUCGUCCUUUGGUAGCAGCGCGAGUAACCCAAGACAGCCAGGUGAACCCCGCUCUCCAACGGGUUGGAUGAGACACCAGGUUCGUUCCUCCAGCAAGAGGUAACGGGUCGGCCCCGGUGCCCAUCGGGAAGUACACCAAAGGUACUUAAAUAAGAGUAAAAUGCAGGUGACCCGUAGCCAAGGUACAAGUAAUACGAAGUUUCCUGGGUCCCAGACCAAUAGAGGACACUGCAACAAAAUGACACAGCAGGCCCUGAUAAUCUGCCUUUAUAGGACCGUCUGGGACCAGACUGCCUUGAAGUAUUCCUCUAAUGGAUCCUAAAGCAGGGGGAGGUGUGACACAGGGCCGGCUGAGUGCAGCACCCUGCUGUGGUUUGACAAAGCAUGUGACGUGUGGCAGAUUUUAUUUUUUUGCCAUACUGCGGUGGUUGCCACAUCUAGUGCCAGUUCAGCUCUUGGGUUACACAGAGAGGUUAGAGAGCAGGGAGCAGUGAGACAGGAGAGGGAGCGUGAGCCUGAACCAGAGAGAGUUUUUUAUUUUACUGAACCAAUGUGAGAGAGCCGGCAUAUGGAUUGUAAAAGUGGUUAAGUCAGAAGAAGUGAAGAGAGAUUAUGAUUAUGAACAGGUAUGAGCCAGUAACAAUGUGACUGAGACUUUAGAGUAGUUGAUCCGAUGAGGGAAGCGAGUGGACAAAGAAAAAGGGACAUAGUGAAGCUAUUUUAGUGACCCAGCGUCUGGGACUGCUUUUAUUAGUGUGUUCAUGUCUUGAAUUUACGGACCAUGGUGUAAACAGAUGAUUUUCAGUCAAGACUGUGCUGUCAUGGUGAUGCAAUAGGUGCAAAACUGGCAAGAAACAUUUUUGGGAGCUUUUUAUGAGCAGUAUAAAUUUAGUGUGAGAGAGGUGCAUUGAGCAAUAGUUUCCACUGAGCCUGGUCGAAGUUUUUGCAUCUGGCUCCACCAUUAAACGUUUGGUCCACGCUCAGACAGAUGGAGUGCUAUAUCAUCCUUUAAAUAUCAGGUACUUACCGUCCAUGCCUUAAGUUUGAAUGAUGUCCCGUGGCGGCAUUCAGGACGGGUCAGUUGUGUGCGGAACAUGAAUAAACACACUGUGUGCUUUUAAACAGGACUCUGGAUGAAUGAAAUCACUAAACACACAGAAACAAUAUGUGUCCAAAAAUAAAAGCUGCGAACUGAACUGAAUACUAACUGUAUUUAUUGGUGAAUAUCGGGGCGAGUAUUUGAAAAGCUUCUGUAACAGCUCUGAGUAAAACCAAAUAAAACUGUGAUGUA